AGUUUAUUUAUUGAGCCGAAGUUAAAGAAUAUCAAAACCAAGAGAGAGUCGAGUGUUUGUUUUGUUCUAAUUUUUUGUAUCUAUAUAGAUGGAUCUGAAACCAGAGAAAAUACAGCGGAUCCUCGCCAAGUACAAGUUUCAUGAUUUGGCUGUAGAGGAGCUGCAGAAAAUCCAUCGACUCUUCCCUGAGAUGAAACCGUCCACGGGCACAUACACGUUCACUGACAGCAGCCAGAAAGAUCUCGUGAAAUUAACCGGAGUCAUUCCUGUGAAGUACGAAGGUCGCUCCUACAACUUCCCCAUCCAGCUGUGGCUUCUGGACUCGUUUCCCUUCACUCCUCCUAUAUGUCUCCUGAAACCCACCUCUAACAUGGUCAUCAGAGAGGGCAAGCAUGUGGACGCCAGAGGACGGAUCCACCUGCCUGGACUCCACACCUGGGACUAUCCCAAGUCAUCAGUUGUUGGUCUUCUGAAGGAGAUGAGUGUCAAGUUUGAAGAGGAUCCACCGUUGUCCUCAAAGACUGCGGGGGACAACAAAGACCCCCAUGAGCUGCUGGCGUUUGUCUCUAAUCUCAAGCUCAGUGAUGGUGGAGUCGGACAUCAGGAUCAACAGUUGAUGAAAGUUUCAGUAAUCGGCGGCGGAGAUUUAGGAAUGGCAUGUGUGAUGAGCAUUUUAUCAAAGUGUAAUGUGGAUAAACUUGUUUUCAUUGACGUUGCUGAAAGCUCCACCAAGGGUGGCAGUACAGACCUAGAGAUUUUUAGUGUCCCGCAAGUGGAGGUAUCCAAAGAUUUAUCAGCUUCGGCUGGCUCCAGGGUUGUUGUGGUAACGGCAAACGCUUGGAGCGGCGAGCAGUCGUAUGUCAGCGUGGUUCAGACUAACGUGGAUUUGUACAGAAAAAUAAUCCCAAAACUGGCCCAUCUCAGCCCAACUGCUGUAAUGCUCAUUGCAUCACAACCAGUGGACAUCAUGACACAUGUUGCCUGGAGACAGAGCGGCCUUCCUCCAACACAUGUGAUCGGAGCAGGUUGUAAUCUGGACUCGGAGCGGCUUAGUUACGUUCUGGAUAUUAAUCUGAAUACGCACAAACCUGCAUGGGUCAUAGGAGAACUAUCAGACAACAAAGUGUCUGUGAUGAGUAACGUUGGGCUGAGCUCCAACGGAGCACUUGAGAUCGCACCGGGAUCCAGUACUACCAAACCCCUCUUAGACAGAGCAUUUCAGCUCAUAAAAAAUCGAGGUCAGAGGUCGUGGUCUGUGGGCCUUUCCACCGCUGACAUCACCAACAGCAUCUUGACGAAUAAGAUGAAGGCACACUCAGUCUCCACCUUGGCUCAGGGCUGGGGUGGCAUAGGUGCAGAGGUGUUCCUGAGUCUGCCUUGUGUAAUGGGAGCAAACGGAUCAACACGCCUGGCUGGAGUAUCGCUGGGACAGGAGGAGGACUCGAAGCUCAGAGAAAGCGUCAGCUCUCUCUCAGACCUCAUGAGUCAGCUCAGGAUAUGACUGUUCCGAGGGGUGUGGGAGCUGCUGCUACAAAAUGACACGGUUACUCUGGAGUCAACGUGCAAUUAAAGUUACUUAUUUAUAUGAUGGAUGGACAGAAUUCAUGCCGA